AUGUUCCGCGCAUUUUUGAUCUCACUUUUGGUUGCCUUGACAUUUGGUCAAACUUAUCGAAGUUAUCGAAGUGCACGAUCAUUUGGUGGAGGAAGUGACGCAUUUCUGCGUUUUUCAGAUGCAUCACCAAUGAGGUAAGCAAAAAAAUAAUGCAACGAAUUGGAAAACCAUUAAAUGUUUGUGUUCAGAGAUUACCAAUAUUCGCAAUACUCUCGCCUUCGAUCUGGAACAAAUUCACCAUUGUAUGUUUUCGAUGGACGACUAUACAACUUGGCAUCAAAACGUGUGUCAAAAUAA